UGUUUCAGGCUCGAUGCGGAAAAGUUUGAUCUCAUCAAUAACACUAUUUUACCCGAGGCAGUGCAUUUCUGGGAGCGAACAUUGAUGGUUAGAGAAACUAAAAAUACUAUCCGCCUCAACCGGAAAUGUGAGAGCAGCCGGGUGUUUGUAAAGGACCACCACACCUACUGCAUUGAUACUUGUCGAGCGGUUACCAUGUGUGGUGAGGUUGUUGUACCGGAAGAGCAUCUUGAUGUAUGUCGUGUUUGCAACGCAACUGGACAAAAGUGCCAAGUCCAGGAUGACAGUAUCGCUGGAGCGGGGAUAGAUGGCGCUGAUUUUGUGUUUUACGUGUCGGCGCUGCAAUCGGAGCGGUGUCAUAAUGGACUAACAGUGGCCUAUGCAGCCCACUGCCAACAAGAAGCUGCUCUUGACAGGCCUAUUGCAGGACACGCAAAUUUGUGCCCCGGAAGCAUCAGCACAAAGCCUCAGGAGCUGGAAACUCUUCUGAGCACAGUCAAACACGAAAUUCUCCACGCUUUGGGGUUCUCUUUGAGUCUUUACGCGUUUUAUCGCGACGAAAAUGGAGAACCUAGGACGCCAAGACGGAGCGAAACGGGAAAGCCGCAGCUUAAUGAAAAGCUACAGACUCAUCAGUGGAGCGAAAACACGAUAAGAACAGUGGUGAGGCCGCAGUGGCACGUAAGAGGCGGGACCGUCAAUCGCUCGAUGCAGAUGAUCGUAACGCCACGUGUCCAGGAGGAAGUUCGCGCCCACUUCAAGUGUCCCAGUUUAGAGGGCGCUGAACUGGAGGACCAGGGCGAGGACGGUACCGCGUUGACCCACUGGGAGAAGCGUGUUUUCGAGAACGAAGCAAUGACUGGAACUCACACUCAAAACCCAGUCUACUCCCGAAUAACCCUCGCACUUAUGGAGGAUACCGGGUGGUACACGGCUAAUUACUCGAUGGCCCAGGAGCUAGGCUGGGGACGCAGAUUGGGCUGCGACUUUGCCAUGAAGUCCUGCAAGGAGUGGAUUACUUCUAGGUCUUCGAGGCUGUCCGAGGAGAAUCCUAAGGGAAAGACAAUCCAUCCGUUUUGUAAUAAGGUUAAACAAGAUCCACUGCAAACUGAGUGUACUGACGACCGAAGUUCUGUGGCGCUUUGCAAUUUAGUUGAACAUUCACAACCGCUUCCGAAAAAAUAUCAGAACUUCGACUGGAUCCCGCAUGUACUCCCAGGAAAGGAACAAUACUACGGAGGGUCAGUCUCCCUAGCCGACUAUUGCCCUUACAUCCAAGAAUUCACCUGGCGAGCUAAGAACAUCGUGAUCCGCGGUUCCCACUGCCUCUACGAAGAAAACAAUCCUCAUCCAGAGAAGAACUUCGCUCUGGAGAACUACGGGCCCUACUCCCGGUGCUUCGACCACACAAACGACAUGUGGGAGGAGCGAACUUGCAAGCAAGCCCGCCAGUGGCAGCACUGGGGCUCCGGGUGCUACCAGUACAAAUGCGAGGCCGGAAGACUUCACAUAAUGGUCGCUAAUUUUACGUACACGUGCUACCACGCCGGUCAAAAGCUCACUAUUAAAAUAAUUCAGAACGAGUGGCUCCACAAGGGGGCGCUCAUUUGUCCUCCCUGUAAAGAAAUUUGCCAACAGGAGCUCAAGGCGAAAGGCGAGUGGUGCAAACCAGGGGACGAGCAUCCUCCCUCGACUUUUUACCACCAAGAUCACUUACAGUGCUCGGCUGUCGGCAAUUUACCGGUAAUUCUACUCACUGUCGGUACAACAGUUUUAUCCUCUGUGAUUUUGAGAUGA